AUGGAUUCUGAAGCCCCAACUUCCACCUCACCAAACAAGGCACUGAAAAGGAUGCACCAGGACUGGCAAAGAGUGGCUGCAUCCAAGAGACAGGACUUCCUGGUUUGGUAUCAUACUGCUCUGGUAAAUACCCCUAUUCCUUAUAGCCAGAACACUACAAUUAACCCCUUAAGGACACAACUUCUGAAAUAAAAGGGAAUCAUGAUGGAAUAUUUCCGUCAUGUGUCCUUAAGCGGUUAAUUAACUAUGUGGUUCCUUUGAGAGUUGUGUAUUGUACAAAUCAUUAUUGGAAUGUGUUCUAUACACAGCUUCUAAGGGUAAUUUUCCAACUUCACCCUAUUCGGUGGGGGGGGGGAUGGGGAGGGAGUUUGUUCUCCAGACGUGCACCAAGGAGAUAGCAAAUCCCAUAUAAUUUAACAGAUUACAUGAGCAUAAUACAGCAAUUUACCACGGUAGACAAAUAUGGCAUUGACCAUUUUGGACCAUUGACCAUGAAAGUUUAGAGGCUCAAUUCCUUUAAUAAAUGGAGAUUGGCAUUAAUAAAUGGAGAGUGGCAUUAUCUGAGGCUAAAAAAACAUCAUGCUCACAUUGCCUUGUAUCAGGAAACAUAUUUCAAAUGAGGUAAACACCCCUAUUUUAAUUCUUGUGAAUUUCUCAUUGACUUUCACUCUUGUUUCAAAGCCAAAGGAAGGUGGCAAAUAAAUCACACCACUAAUAUAGGAAAGCAAGGAGGAACUUGCAAAGUGGAAAUCUUUGUGGGGCAGGUAAAAAUAAUACCAUAAAACACGCUUGUUAUAUAUUUUUAAAUUGUUGCCCAUUGCUAUACUUGCUUCUUUUUGCAAAACUAUUCAAAGAUUUUUACAGCUUUCAUUUGUGACAACCAUAGAGACAGAUUCCCAGUAGCCUGGCUGCAAUUAACCUUUGCUAAAGGUGGCAUUUGUCGUCCCAAUAUCCACCUUUAUUAUAAAACAUCUAUACAACAAGCAGUGGUCACUAUGUACUUACCAAGGGGCACGCUUCAAUGGUUGGUCAUGAAUGUCCAUGGGGGGGGGAGGUGGGGGUGCUUUUUUCUCUGUAUUGGGUUCUCUGUGGACACCCAAGCACCUUAGAGGGCAAUUCCCUACCACAUAUCUCACCAUAAAAGGCUGAGAUCAAUUUAUGGCAUCCUUUCAAUUAGAUAACCAUGUAGCGCCUCUUAACAGCCUUUAAAGCAUUAUCACCUUGUCCUAAGGUGACACCUUGGCUGUCUUAAAAGCAGUGGGUCAGUAGAGGGGUAACCUGGGUGGAGCACUUUAUAGCAGAGUGGUCAAUCCUACCAUUCCCUCAAUGACCCCAUAGCUUUAUUUUCCCAUACCUAUAGAUUAAGAGCAUUAUUAAUUCAAGUCAUCACGAGAGCACACCUUAACUUUCCAUCAGGAACAGCAUUCCAGGUGCUAUUGGACAGGUGUUGGGUGUCCCCCAACCUAAAGUACUCAUUGUGUGUUACAGAAUUUUGAAAGACAGGAGUCCAAACACUAGAUUCACCUUUAUGAAAUACUUGGCAUUGGAGGAAGGUUCCCAACUGUCAGAAGGGAGUGGGUUGCCUCUAUUAAUGCCUUUAAAGGCAUAACUAAGUGUUAUUACCAUAUCGAGACACAUCUCAAAUUGGUGUAUUACUGGUAUUGGAAAGCUAGCAGCCUACUUAAGAUUAACAUAUAUUUCUCUCCUGUGUUGGAGAUAUGGGAGAGAACAGGGCAUCAAGACUCACAUCUGGUGGUCGCGCACAAUGUUGCAACCAUUCUGGAACUCGUCCCUUCAACCACCAUUUGCCCCUUCAUGUUAGCUACUACUGCUGAUCCCAACAACCUUCACCAAAUAAUCUGAAACUUUUGGCAGCAAGACAAUUAAUAUUGCUUAAAUGGAAACAAUCCAGCAGAUCUUCCCUCUUAAGCCUAACUGAAAAAAAAAAACCUUUAACCUAUCAUAUGAAAAAAUGUGUGUUGUUUCUGUAGCUCCGAGAAUACAAUUUGAGAGAAUCUGGCAGCCUUUGUGUCAUGCUUACCUGUUUCAGCACUUCCUCUCGCCAUUCCUACAUCGAGUUGGAUGCUGCACGCUGCUUGUGUGCGUCUGUUUAUAUUGAUUCAGGUAAGAACGAAAUCGCGAAUUUAGCAAUUCGACAGACUCACAUCAUCUGGCGCACUGAUAUGACGAGAUCCUAUCAAAUUAAAAUCACCGCUAUCUAAUUCCCAGGCACUUCUCGUCCAAAUCACCCUGUUGUUGGUGUUGUGUCCGCUAGUAAAUUUAAAUUGUUGUUCCGCACUGACGUCACCGGAGUCGUUGCCUUGGAACUUGUACAGACAAGUAGUUCCUCCUUCCGCUAG